AUGUGGCUGAACGGCAGUAAAUGGAGCAGCCAAGUAAACACUGCGAAUGGAAUUAAAUUCAAGAGUUUUCAAAUUACGUCACCAUUGAAAUGCGUAAAAUGUGAUUAUCCAUUUUACCUUCACAAACAUCUUCAACUCCAUCACAUUUUUUGGACUUCUGUACUCUGUAUUGUUUGCCUCAAUGUGCAAAUUUUGUCUGCACGUGCCCUAUUUUAUUUAAGCAGCAUUGCAAGUUCUAAAACAUUUCUUCGUGAAACCUUGGUCAAAGACGAUUAUAUAAAUUACUUUGAUGCAUUUCUGACCAGAUUAAUGGACAAGUCUAUUAAAUUUUGUACGAAUACCUUUGGAAAUAGAAUUCUUCUAUACAGUACUCAUCUUCUAGUAUAUCAAUGGAAGCGAAAAAUCGAAUGCUACUCAUCAGUUAGCAAUGGUAAUGGUUUUCGAAUAGCAGACAAUUUCAACUUGAAUAUCGCCCCAAAUUCAAGUCUUGAUGCAUUUAGCAUGACAUGCGCUGCAUUUGAUUCAAUUCUUAUAUACUUAGAUUUGCACAAAGACAUUGUCAACAAAAUGAUUUUGAGUAGAAUUCAGGGGAAGAAUUCUUCUUUCUUUACUAAUUUUGUCCAGAAAAUAUUGGCUUGGUUACUAUCCAAUUAUCUUGAAUAG